GCAUCCAGCCCAGCAUCUGAUCACAUCUUCCGUCACUGAAGGCCUGAGGGGGCGGGGAUUUAAGCACUAUUCAAUCAGGAACGCGGUUGGAACCGUCCAAUCAGGCACGCAGCUGGAGCGGAAGGGGCGGCCUCCGGGAUGUGGGGCGGGACCGUUGUUUCUCGUUACAGUCCGAGUUCCAGGUCUCGUCUUCACUGCUCUGUGACCUCAGCGUCCGUGGCCCUGUGACCUGCUGCUGUUGGGAGAUCCACACCUAAGACGCUAGGACCCCCUGGAAGCCUAGAAAUGGGACAAUUGACAUUUAAUGAUGUGACCAUAGAAUUCACUCUGGAGGAGUGGCAAUGCCUGGACAAGACUCAGCAGAAUUUAUAUAGAGAAGUUAUGUUAGAGAACUACAGAAACCUGGUCUUCCUGGGUAUUGCUGUCUCUAAGCCAGACUUGAUAACUUGUCUGAAGCAAGGAAAAGAGCCUUGGAAUAUAAGGAGACAUGAGAUGGUAACUAAGCCUCCAGCUAUGUGUUCUCAUUUUACACUAGACGUUUGGCCAGAGCAGAGCAUUAAAGAUUCUUUCCAAAAAGUAAUACUGAGAACAUAUACGAGAUGUGGCCAUAAGAAUUUACAAUUAAGAAGGAACUGUAAAAGUGUGAAUGAGGAUAAGAUACCCAAAGGAGGUUAUAAUAAACUUAACCAAUGUUCAUCAGCUACCCAGAGAAAAAUAUUUCAGUGUAAUAAACAUAUGAAAGUCUUUCAUAACUAUUCAAAUUCGAUUAGAAAUAAGAUUAGACACACUAAAAAGAAAACUUUCAGAUGUAUAAUAUGUGGCAAAUUAUUUUUCAUGCUUUCACAAUUAAUUCAACAUAAGAUAAUUUAUACUAGAGAGAAUUUCUACAAAUGUGAAGAAUGUGGCAAAGCCUUCAAAUGGUUCUCAACCUUUACUAAACAUAAGAUAAUUCAUACUGAAGGCAAACCCUACAAAUGUGAAGAAUGUGGCAAAGCUUUUAAGUGGUCCUCAAAACUUACUGCACAUAAGGUAAUUCAUACCAGAGAGAAGCCCUACAAAUGUGAGGAAUGUGGCAAAGCUUUUAGCCAGUCCUCAACCCUUAGAAAACAUGAAAUAAUUCAUACUGGAGAGAAACCCUACAAAUGUAAAGAAUGUGGCAAAGCUUUUAACCAGUCUUCAAAUCUUACUGACCAUAAGAGAAUUCAUACUGGAAAGGAACCCUACAAAUGUGAAGAAUGUGGCAAAGCUUUUAAAUGGUCCUCAAAACUUACUGCACAUAAGGUAAUUCAUACCGGAGAGAAGCCCUACAAGUGUGAAGAAUGUGGUAAAGCUUUUAAUCAUUUCUCAGGCGUUAGAAAACAUAAGAUAAUUCAUACUGGAGAGAAACCCUACAAAUGUGAAGAAUGUGGCAAAGCUUUUAACAAUCUCUCAACCCUUACAAAACAUAAGAGAAUUCAUACUGGGGAGAAACCCUACAAAUGUAAAGAAUGUGACAAAGCUUUUAAGCAGUCCUCACACCUUACUAGACAUAAAAGAAUUCAUACUGGAGAGAGACCCUACAAAUGUGAAGAAUGUGGCAAAGCUUUUAGCCUGUCCUCAACCCUUAGAAAACAUGAGAUAAUUCAUACUAGAGAGAAACUCUACAAAUGUGAAAAAUGUGGCAAAGCUUUUAACCAGUUCUCAAAUCUUACUACACAUAAAAGAAUUCAUACGGGAGAGAAACCCUACAAAUGUGAAGAAUGUGGCAAAGCUUUUAACCAGUCCUCAACCCUUAGAAAACAUAAGAUAAUUCAUACUGGAGAGAAACCCUACAAAUGUGAAGAAUGUGGCAAAGCUUUUAACCAGUCCUCAAACCAUACUAGCAAGAAAACAAUCCAUACUGGAGAGAAACCCUGCAAAUGUAAACAAUGCGGCAAAGCUUUUAACCAUUUCUCAAAUCUUACUAAACAUAAAUCAUACUGGAGAGAACCCCUACAAACGUGAAGAACAUGGCAAAGCCUUU